AUGAGAAAGCACCACAAGCUUGUCUUCCACCACCUCCGCCGUCGCCGAACCUCCAAGCCCUACACCUCGGCAGCUCACCUCGCGGUCCCCAUCUCCUUCCCCUCCAGCCCCGCCUCCUCCUCCUCCUCCUCCUCCUCCGGCCUCCGCGAACUCGACCUCCUGCACGCGGGCGAGCUGGCCCCGACACCUCGCCUAUACCACUCCAUCAUCACCGCGUGCGCACAAUCUAAGAACCUCGCCGGUGCCCGUGCCAUCCACGCGCACCUGUCCCGCUCCCGCCUCGCGGGCGAUGGCUUCCUCCUCAACUCGCUCAUCCAUAUGUACUGCAAGCGCGGCGCCGUGUCGGACGCGCGCCACGUGUUCGACAGAAUACCCAGCCGGGACGUGGUCUCAUGGACCUACCUCAUCACCGGAUAUGUGCAGAACAAUAUGCCGGCAGAGGCCCUCGGGCUUCUACCCGACAUGCUCAGGGAGCGCUUCAGGCCCAGCGGGUUCACGUUCACCAGCCUCCUCAAGGCGGCCGGCGCCUGCGGUGGCGGUGGCAUUGGGGAGCAGAUGCAUGCGCUCGCUGUGAAGUACAACUGGGAUGAGGACGUCUAUGUGGGGAGUGCACUUCUGGACAUGUAUGCACGGUGUCAACAAAUGGACAUGGCCAUUAGGGUGUUUGACCGGCUGGACUCGAAGAACGAGGUGUCUUGGAAUGCGUUGAUUGCUGGGUUUGCAAGGAAGGGCGAUGGAGAGACCACGUUGAUGAAGUUUGCAGAGAUGCAGAGGAAUGGGUUUGGGGCGACACACUUUACGUACUCGAGCGUGUUCUCUGCGCUUGCUCGUAUAGGUGCUCUUGAGCAGGGCAGAUGGGUGCAUGCACAUAUGAUUAAGUCUGGGCAGAAACUAACUGCCUUUGUCGGGAACACUAUACUUGGCAUGUAUGCAAAGUCCGGGAGCAUGGUUGAUGCUAGAAAGGUGUUUGAUCGUGUGGAUAAGAGGGAUCUAGUUACUUGGAACACAAUGCUCACUGCAUUUGCACAGUAUGGUCUUGGAAAGGAAGCGGUUGCUCAUUUUGAGGAAAUUAGGAAAUGUGGCAUCCAGCUUAAUCAGAUCACCUUCCUUUCUGUCUUGACAGCUUGUAGUCAUGGAGGCCUGGUGAAGGAGGGCAAGCACUACUUUGACAUGAUGAAGGACUAUAAUGUGCAGCCUGAGAUUGAUCAUUAUGUUAGCUUUGUUGAUCUUCUUGGUCGAGCUGGGUUAUUGAAAGAAGAUCUGAUCUUUGUGUUUAAAAUGCCCAUGGAACCAACAGCUGCUGUUUGGGGAGCCUUGCUUGGGGCUUGCAGAAUGCAUAAGAAUGCUAAAAUAGGGCAAUAUGCAGCUGACCAUGUCUUUGAACUUGAUCCAGAUGAUACUGGUCCACCUGUGCUGUUGUAUAACAUAUACGCUUCUACAGGUCAAUGGAACAAUGCUGCGAGAGUGAGGAAGAUGAUGAAGGCAACUGGUGUAAAGAAGGAGCCUGCAUGCAGUUGGGUUGAGAUUGAGAAUUCGGUGCACAUGUUUGUGGCAGAUGACAAUACCCAUCCCAAUACAGAAGAGAUAUAUAGGAUGUGGGAGGAGAUAAACAUGAGGAUUAGAGAAGCAGGGUAUGUGCCCAAUACAGAUCAUGUGCUUCUGCACAUAAAUGAGCAAGAGAGGGAGACGAAGUUGCAGUACCAUAGCGAGAAGAUCGCACUUGCAUUUGCAUUGAUCAACAUGCCUGCAGGGGCAACGAUUCGGAUCAUGAAGAACAUUAGGAUAUGCGGGGAUUGCCACUCUGCAUUCAAAUAUGUCUCCGAAGUAUUCAAAAGGGAAAUUGUUGUGAGGGACACUAACAGAUUCCACCAUUUCAGCAAUGGCUCUUGUUCUUGUGGAGAUUAUUGGUGA